UCUCUCUCUCUCUCUCUCUGUAUAUAUACUCAAUCGUGUCUCUCUGGCUAACUCACUAGCUAAUAAUCCAACGUUAGGACGAUGAUGUUUGUUUUCACCUCCAUAAUCGCGCCCCUUACCUCUCGGUGGCCAUUAAUCGUCUACGCUGCAACAUGGACAGCUAUCCUGACAGUGAUAGUGGCGGUGGCCUCCUUUGCGCCAGAGGUUGCUUUCGUGUCGGCGAUAUCCUCGUCAUCCACAGCGUGCGACGAGAAGGAAGGGUCAGUUAGACUGCCGUUGGACGCGAUGGGAGAGAUCCUCUGCUUGCCGGCCCACCUGCUCAGCAAGUCCAAGAUUGACUUCAUCGUACCUCCGGUCUUUGCCGCCGUCGUGGUGGCUGCGUCUGCUUGCUUGGUGAGGGCCCUCUGCCUUUGGGAGGACGACGAGCCCCAUUAGCAACUUCUUUUUCUUAUGUAUU